GUUGCCAAACACUCCAAAACUUCAACUGUCACUCUCCAAUCUCUCUCAACCAACACUCCACUCAACAAUUCCUAGCCAUGGAAACCAGAGAUCCUCCUCUUCCCACCACAACCCAUGAUUUUCCCAUCUUUUCUCCCACCCAUAUGCACACUAAUUCACCCCCAAGCAUCAUCUGAUUCCCCGAAAAUCUGGGGAAGGAGAAGAAAAAAAAUCCAUAACUCUAACCCUAACCCUAAUCGUAUACCACUAUGUCCCCAACUCAGACCCCACCAAUGUUUGCCUACAAAACCCCUUCAAUUUUCCUCUCAUCCCACCCAUUCCGGAGAAGCGUUCGAAAUUCGGCCAAGUUUCGGUGUGUUUUCGGCCCAACUGUAUCGAAAUUGAAGGUAGUGUCGUCGUUGGGCGCGAUUUUCGGCUCCGGCAACGUGAUUGCGGCUGCGGCAGCGGCGGCGGGGUCUGGGUCGCAUGCAGCGGUGGCGUCCGCCAUCACGCAGGUGGCGGUGACGGCUGUGGCGAUUGCGUCCGGGGCGUGUUUGUCGACGAAGGUGGAUUUUUUGUGGCCUAAGGCGGAGGAGCUGCCUGGUUCUCUCAUACUGGAUGGAGUAGAUGUGACUGGAUAUCAUAUAUUUAAUGAUGCAAAGGUGCAGAAGGCCAUUGCAUUUGCUAGGAAAGCUCACCAUGGACAGUUAAGGAAGACAGGAGACCCUUAUUUGACACACUGUAUACACACAGGAAGAAUCUUGGCGGUCUUAGUCCCAUCAAGUGGAAAACGAGCUAUUGAUACAGUUGUUGCUGGGAUUCUACAUGAUGUGGUUGAUGAUACAUGUGAAAGUUUGCACAGCGUAGAAGAAGAGUUUGGGGAUGAUGUUGCAAAAUUGGUAGCUGGUGUUUCCAGGUUAAGUUACAUCAAUCAGUUGUUACGGAGACACCGCAGGAUAAAUGUGAAUCAGGGUAUCCUUGGUCAUGAAGAGGCAAACAAUUUGCGAGUCAUGCUUUUGGGCAUGGUUGAUGAUCCGCGUGUUGUACUCAUCAAGCUUGCAGAUCGUCUUCAUAACAUGAGAACAAUCUAUGCUCUGCCAAUUACCAAGGCUCAAGCUGUUGCACAGGAGACCUUAUUGAUUUGGUGCUCGCUUGCUUCCAGAUUGGGUCUGUGGGCUUUAAAAGCUGAACUGGAAGAUCUGUGCUUUGCUGUUCUUCAGCCUCUAACAUUUCUCCAGAUGCGAGCUGACCUUGCUUCCAUGUGGAGUCCCAGCAACCGGAGUGGAAAUCCUAGAAGAACAGCUGCAAAAGAUAGUUCUCCUGUACCCUUAAAUGAAAAAGAAAUUGCUUUUGACUACGAAGGAUCUCUUGCAGUUGAUGCAGAUGUCACAAGCAUGAAGGAUCUUUUGGAAGCUGUACUACCUUUUGAUAUCUUGUUAGAUCGGAGAAAGCGGAUUAACUUUCUUAAUAAUCUAGGAAAAUGCUCAAAGACUCAGAAAAAACCACAGGUCGUGAGGGAUGCUGGACUUGCAUUAGCCUCGCUGGUACUUUGUGAGGAAGCACUUGAACGGGAGUUAUUAAUAUCAACUUCUUAUGUUCCAGGAAUGGAAGUAACUCUAUCUAGCCGCUUAAAAAGCUUGUAUAGUAUCUAUAGCAAGAUGAAACGGAAAGAUGUAGGCAUCAAUAAAAUUUAUGAUGCACGUGCACUGAGAGUAGUUGUUGGAGACAAAAAUGGAACUCUAUGUGGACCUGCAGUUCAGUGUUGCUACAAUCUUCUUAGCAUAAUACACAGGCUUUGGACCCCCAUUGAUGGUGAAUUUGAUGAUUACAUUGUCAAUCCAAAGCCUAGUGGCUAUCAGUCUCUCCACACUGCAGUACAGGGCCCUGACAACUCACCUUUGGAGGUUCAAAUAAGGACACAGAGGAUGCAUGAGUAUGCGGAACAUGGACUUGCUGCACAUUGGCUUUAUAAAGAGACCGAAAACAAAUUGCCUUCCACGAGCAUCUUAGAUGAUUCUGAAAUAAAAGCAUCCUCCUAUUUCUCCGAAGAUAUGGAGAAUCAAAAUUCUGUUGGAGAUGAUGUGUUUCAGAAGUAUGGUUCCCUGAAAGCAGGACAUCCAGUGCUUAGAGUGGAAGGCAGUCACUUGCUUGCUGCUGUUGUUGUCAGAGUAGAUAAGGAUGGAAGAGAACUGCUUGUCGCUGUAAGCUUUGGACUAGCUGCUUCUGAAGCAGUAGCUGAUAGAAGAUCUUCUUUCCAAAUUAAACGAUGGGAAGCUUAUGCAAGAUUAUACAAAAAGGUGUCUGAUGAGUGGUGGUUUGAACCAGGACAUGGGGAUUGGUGUACUUGCCUAGAAAAGUAUACUCUUUGUCGUGAUGGAAUGUAUCACAAGGAAGACCAAUUUCAGCGGCUGCUGCCCACGUUCAUCCAGGUGAUUGAUCUGACAGAACAGGAGGAAUCUGAAUACUGGGCUGUUGUGUCUGCCAUUUUUGAGGGUAAACAAAUUGCUUCUAUUGAAUCCCACUCUAACUCUAGCUUCUACAAGAGACCAAGCUCUAACCCUAUCAGUUCAACUUCCCUGGAAGCCAACAUCAAUAAUAAGGUGCACCUACUGAGGACAAUGCUCCAGUGGGAGGAGCAGCUUCGGUCUGAAGCAGGUAUGAGGCAAACCAAAACCAAGGUUGGAGCAGACCCUUACAGCACCCCUAAGUCUGUGGUUCUUGGGGAAGUGGUGAUAGUGUGCUGGCCUCACGGCGAGAUAAUGAGGCUGAGGACAGGGAGCACAGCUGCAGAUGCUGCUCAGAGGGUAGGACUGGACGGGAAGUUGGUUCUGGUAAACGGCCAAUAUGUGUUACCCAAUACCCAGCUCAAAGAUGGAGAUGUAGUUGAAGUCAGGAUGUGAAUACAGAUAAGAUGUUUUUAUUAUUCAACAGAAGUGGUAAAUAGUUGUGGGGAGAUAGGAACUAAUGAUCUGGGUUUGAGUAUGACAGCAUUCAAUUUAUGUAUAUCGAUUGUGUAUAUAGGACUCUGAUUUUAAUGGAAGAAAAUUUUUGCUCUUCCAAUUCCUGAA